AUGUCUUUUGAACACGCCAAGGUUCUAGCCACAGAACCCCUCGCGAAUGGCGAUGCCGUCUGGACCAAACUUGUCAAGCUAACUUACACUGAUUCGAAACGUCAAACGCGUACUUGGGAGUCAGCCGAGCGUACUACAAGGCCCAAAAAGAGUGAAAUAGAUGGCGUCGGAAUUGUUGCCAUUCUAGAAAAGCCCACUGGGCCUGAAAUUGUUCUUCAGAAACAGUACCGCGCACCUAUUGACAAGGUCACUAUUGAAGUUCCAGCUGGUCUUAUUGACGAAGACGAGACCGUAGAGGAAGCUGCUAUUCGCGAGCUGAAAGAGGAAACUGGAUACGUGGCCAAGGUAUCUGAGACUUCGCCUAUGAUGUUUAAUGACCCCGGGUUCUGCAAUACUAAUCUAAGAAUGGUCCACGUCACUGUUGACAUGAGUCUGCCUGAGAAUCAGAACUUGCAGCCCGAGUUAGAAGAAGAUGAGUUCAUUGAGGUCUUCCUAGUCCCGCUGACCAACCUCUACGACGAAUGCAAGAGGCUCGAAGCAGAGGGCUACGCAAUCGACGCACGAGUAGGCACAUUUGCCGAGGGAAUCGAGUGUGCCAAGAAUUCAAGCUAUGAGGUUUAA